CCCAAUGAGGAGACGCGUUUGACACGCCGCGCACGCAACGUGCCGGCGGCCAAUCAGGCUUCAGGAGGGUAGAUUUGAAAGGCGAAGGUUCUUACUUUGUGGUGAGACGCUGAAGAGGAAACAACGAGCUGUAGGUAAAGAAGGAAAGAGAAGAGCAGAUCCAGACUUGACCCGGUUACACUGAAUGUCAGAGUCCUUCAGGACUUAGACCCUAAAACAGCAGGAAUCUUGGAUUAUUUUUGGCUAGGUGCUGGACACCGCAGCCAUUUUUCUUCCCCUUCUUAAGAAUCUGCUAAUUAGAAGCAGAAGAAAAUUAUCCAUCAACAUCUGGGAUGGCAAAUAAGGAGAAUGUGAGCAGCAUCUACAGUAGCCUCUCUAAAUACCACAACAGCAGCCUGACAGGCGCUCAACGGAUUCCCUGUAAGGAUAACAGUGCCAUAUCUAGUACUCCUUCUGGGUCGCUUUUGAUGCAAAGAGCUAUUACCAACACCGUGAAGCCCACUCUCAGGACCCCAACUGCCCAGAACCCACCUGCUCCAGGCAGGGUGCCUAUUGAGCCUGAUUCUGCUGCCGCUUUAGCGCAAGAAGAGUCUGAGACAAUGCGGGAGUUCACCAUUAACGACUUUGAGAUUGGAAGGCCGCUGGGCAAAGGGAAGUUUGGCAAUGUCUACCUGGCCCGGUUGAAAGAAUCUAAUUAUAUUGUGGCUCUCAAGGUGCUCUUCAAAUCCCACAUUGAGAAAGAUGGCGUGGAGCAUCAGUUGCGCCGGGAGAUUGAGAUCCAGUGUCAUCUCAGUCACCCCAAUAUCUUGCGCCUCUAUAACUACUUCCAUGACCGCAAGCGAGUGUACCUGAUUCUGGAAUAUGCCCCUCGAGGGGAGCUCUACAAAGAACUGCAGAAACACAAGCGCUUCGACGAGAAGAGGACUGCUACAUACAUGGAAGAGUUGGCCGAUGCCCUCCAGUACUGCCAUAGUAAGAAGGUGAUCCACAGGGACAUCAAACCAGAGAAUUUGUUGAUGGGGCUCAAAGGGGAACUGAAGAUUGCUGACUUCGGCUGGUCUGUCCAUGCCCCCUCCCUCAGGAGGAAGACCAUGUGUGGCACUCUGGACUACCUGCCCCCCGAGAUGGUAGAAGGCCGUGCCCACGAUGAGAAGGUUGAUCACUGGUGCAUUGGGAUUCUGUGUUAUGAGUUGCUGGUGGGCCACCCACCCUUUGAGAGUGGCUCUAACAUGGAAACCUAUAGCCGCAUCGUCAAGGUGGAUCUCAAGUUCCCACCGUUUAUGACAGAAGGCUCCCGGGACCUGAUUUCGAAACUGCUGCGCCACAACCCGUCCGAACGGCUCUCCAUGCGGGGGGUGAUGGAGCACCCUUGGGUCAAAGCCAACUCCAAGCGAGUGCUGCCCCCCGUUUUUGCCGAAGCUGUUUCCUCAUAAAGACACUCAAGGUGUUUUUUCUCAGGCAAGCUCUGCUCCCAGAAAUAUUCUGUAAGAUCAAGGAGAAAGGUUUACAGUUUGUUUCUGCUGGCUGGGAAUGUCAUUCUCAAGCCACAAACCCUCUGGACUGUUGUUGUCCAGAAUGAUUCAGUGACCCGCUUCAUAUUGAAAAUGGGUGACUAUCAGUAAAAUCUUCAGGCCACAUUCAUUUUUCCUUCCAGUAGUAGUUCUGUAUUUCAAUAUUUUGGUUGUAGAAUAAGCAUUUUUCUAUAUAUCUCCUUACGUUGUUUUGCAGUUUUAAUAAACUUUGUGUAAAUAAGAUUUUGCAUACUA